AUCGCCCGGCUGCAGCUCCCGGCGAGCCAGGAAGGAGCACCGAGGAGCCAGAAAAGAGCACCGAGGAGCCAGAAAAGAGCACCGAGGAGCCAAAAAGGAGCACCGAGGAGCCAGAAAGGAGCACCGAGGGGCCAGCAAGGACCCCCGAGAGCCACCUCCGCUCCCAGCCCGGAGCCCGCGCUUGCCCCGCUCCCUCCGGCGGCCGCCUCUGCUCCCGGCCGCAUCCCUGCAGUUUCUCGGGGGUGAAGAUGAGUGCUGAAGAGAUUCUGGUGCGUGCAGUAGAACUUGGACAAAAUUUCUGCCUCUAUUUUGACGACGACGAUGAGCUGGAGUGUGAUGCCCUGUGCAAGGACAAGACCCUGCACCGAGUGCUGAGGAACGUGAACAGCCAGCUGCUGGUGGUGCGCCCCGACCUGAACGUGGCAGCCUUUGAGAAUGUGACAGACAGGGAGAUGCAGUCUGGCAAAGGGAUGCAUUUCAGCAUUCACUGCUACAAAACCACCACACCCUUAGCUGGGUUGCCCGUGGCCUUCAGUGUGGAAGUGGAAAACAAGAAUUACUACAUGUGUUGUGAGAGGGAAUGUGGAGAAAUGAUCGUUAGGUUCAAGGAGGGAGAAGUUCCCAAAGAAAUUCCUGGUGAAAGCAACAUCAUCUUUUUCCAAAAGACAUUUACAUCUUGCUCCUCCACGGCAUUUAAGUUUGAAUACUCAAUGGAACGAGGAAUGUUCUUGGCCUUUGAGGAAGAAGGCUGCUUGAGAAAAUUAAUCCUUAAGAAACUGUCAAAAGAUGAAGUGGAUGAAACCAUGAAGAUGAGUUUAUGUACGUUCAGUCAGAAUAAAAAUCACAACCUAUGA